AUAAUGUUUUGGUCCCGUCACCCCUCACUCUCACCAAAACAAACCCUGAGCCUCGUCUCCCCUGACCCCUGACCUGCCCUGGUGACCCCUUAAAUGAAGCCUCGGCCCCCUGCUGAACCCCGCCAUGGCAGAUGAAGCUCAGCAGACGGAGAUACACGCGCCGCACGACGAUGAAAACAAGCGGUAUUGCUGGGUGUGCUAUGCUAGUGAUGAGGAUGAUGAGGCAGCUCCCUGGGUCAAGCCUUGCAAGUGCCGUGGAACCACAAAAUGGGUGCACCAGUCAUGUCUGCAGCGGUGGGUGGACGAAAAACAGAAGGGCAACUCUACCGUCAAGGUCAAUUGUCCCCAGUGUGGUGUGGAGUACUUCAUUGCCUUCCCUAAUAUGGGUCAGUUAAUGCUGUUCUUGGACAGAGUGGAUGCAUUCAUAUACAAAGUCUGCCCUUUUGUGGCUGCUGGUGUAGUGGUUGGCUCUAUCUACUGGACUGCAGUGACCUAUGGGGCUGUCACUGUCAUGCAAGUGGUAGGCUAUCAAGAGGGCAUGACACUGAUGGAGCAAGCUGAUCCGCUGGUGCUGCUAGUGGGGCUGCCCACCAUCCCCAUCUUCCUCAUCCUGGGCAAGAUGGUCCGCUGGGAAGAUAAAGUCUUGAGGCUUAUCAGAGCAUCCGUUCAAAGACUUCCACUUCUCAAGUACCUUUUGCCAGCCUUCAGGUAUGAAGAGCCUGCCGGAGUGAGCACCACAGCCGUGAUUAGUGACCCAGUCAAUGCCACAAGAGUUUUGUGCGGGGCGCUCUCCCUCCCCACCUUGGCCACCACAGUGGGCCGCCUCUUCUUCCCAGCAGCCCAAGACAACCUCACAAGAACACUUCUAGGUGGAGCUUCCUUCCUAGUGGUGAAGGGACUGUUCAAGGUGUACUACAAGCAGCAGCAACAUGUGAUGCAGAGCAGACGCAAGAUCAUUGACUACCCACAAGACCCCUCCACCCCACACCCGCCCCCCUCACAAUCCCCCGCCCCAACUCAGCCCCCUGCCACCAGCCAAGGGACUGAGCAACAGUACUUACAACAGCAACAACAGUGAGACAAAAUUUUCAAGUUAUUAGUUUUUCUUGGCAAUAUAAGUUUGUAUGAUUGAUGGUCACUCUUGUCACUCAUAAGGAAUCACAGAGUUCCUCUUAAGAAAAUUGUAAUAGGGAACAUGGCCCUCAUACUUACUACUGUUCACAGUUUUUAGCCCUAAUAUUAAUUUCCAUAUUUUACAAAUGAUAACAAAUUGUCUUCUAGACCAAUACCUGUUCCUAAUUAAUAAGUUAUGACAUACCAAACAAGACUUUUUAUAAGAUCAAAACUAGCUUAUAUAAAAGUUAGAUUUUUAAAUAUCUUUGAACCAUGAAAUGCUCUAUUGCCUGCAUGUUACAUUAUUCAACGUGCUCGUUACAUCGCUAGAACUAUUACCCAGUUCAGCUUACUGUCGGUCUCCACUUGACAGAUAUCCACACUGAUUUUGUUUCAAUACUAACAGCCUUACUUGCUAUAUCUUUUGUUUUUCUUAAUAGCAAAAGCAAAACCAUCAUUCUCUCUCAGAUAUGAAAAUAAGAUUCUUGCAUAAACAGGAGGUGGAGGUAAAACUACAGAAACAACACACACACAAAAAAGUAAAAAAGUAAAAAAGAGGAAAAUUGCAUAGUGCAGUGAGGGACAUUACACAUUCAUUCCCUUCCAAAGCACAUCUUCAAAGCACAGUUCCAGCAAUGCAAUGUAAACAUAAAUUAUUACUGUGUUCUGGUUAAAAUGUCACUUUCAUUGCCUGUAUAGAAGUGACACAUCUAUAAAGCCAGGCAGUACAUGUCCAUCUUUAUACAUGUAACACAUCACGAUACAGGCUGUACAGCAGCAUCUCAGAUGUAAAACAUCAAGGAAAUUUGCAUGUGAUCACUAAAAGUCUUUGCAAUAAUGACUUGCAGACUAAGCUGCUGGGAUGGCCAUAGAUUUACAUGUACAUACUUGUCUGGAAAUUGGAGACCUUCAGUACAUAGUUUUAAGAUGAACACCAUAGUGUGGUUUAUACUAAGCUAAAAGGCUCUUUAAUGUUUUUUUACAACAAAGGAGGCAUAUUUAUAUUUUUUUUAUAUAUGUAUACAACAGGGCCUUUAUAUAUUCUUUUUCCCACUAUGUAGAGAUUGUUUUCUGAUCUGACUGGGAUCCAGAUUUUUCAGAAUUAGGCUGAAUAAAAAACUUCACAUAAACAUUAAAAUAUUCAAAUUUAAAGGAAAGAAAAAUUCCUUGAUAUAUUUAAUUUUACUUGAACAAAAAAUAUUGGCACAAUUUUUCAAAGUGAAACUUAUCUGAUUCAUAUUUAUCUUAUAUCUUAUUUUUAUGCCUUUGGGACUGGAAAGUGGUGCAGCUACAGGCUUAGUAUGAUUUAUGGUGAACCAGCAGCCAUGAGAAAAUGCCAGUAAUGUAAAAUAUGAAAAGGUCAUUAAGAUUAUUCACUGGGUAAAUCAAAUAAUACUAAAUAUAUACUAGGCUUCAAAUGAUGUAAGACUUUUCUUUGAGUGAUUUUUAUGGUACAUGCACUGACCACACCUUUGCUGGUUAUUGUAUGUACCUAAUAUACCUGAAACCACCUUCAAUAUUGAACUAUAUUCUUGUUGAUUACGUAAGUAGAUACUCCUUGUACAUAAAAUAAUAUAUUGAUACAAGGGAAUUAACUUUUUAUGCAUAUAGCUGAGUGUGACUUGCCAAUAUAGAAGUGAUGUACUGUUAAGUUUCUAAAUAACAAAAAAACAAUU